UUGCUAUUCUAGUCUUCCAUACUUAACUGUAGCAUUGAAACUGUCCCAUUCUUCUUUUAAGAGUCUCUGUUUAUAUUUCCUUCUACUCUGCCAUUUCUUGUAAUUCAAAAUGCCCAAAGGAAUAAUUAUCCACUGCCACAACACUGAUAAUGCAUUAACCCACCACCACCACCACCACCACCACCACCAAAACAACAACAAACUAUCACACUAUUACCACCACCACCACAACUACAAAGACAACAAACUACCACACUACUAUCACCAUUACCAUAACCACAAAUUACCACCACCAACAGCAACACAACUUUCACCCUCCAUCACCAACACCCUGUCAACACGACUCACCACCGUCACCUCCACCACCAUUGCCAUCAACACCACCACCACCAAAUUACAUUGUAGUAUUCCUUGUAAUAAUGGAAAGCAAUAGUAAACAAGAUAGGUAAGCAUGCACACACACACACACUUAUACACAAUUACACUCAAGGAAAACAGCAGCAGUAGCAGCAGCAAUAACAACAAUAAACAAAAUAGGAACAACUUAAUCAACAUUAAACUCAAAAACAUUAAACAUUUGUGUUUGUAUACAUGUGGUGAGGCCACCACAUUUAGAUGUAUGAGCCCUGUGAUAUUACAGCUACUGUUGCAUCAACAACAACAUUAUUUUAUUCUGUUAUUGCAACAAGGGUGACAGAUGAGAGGACUUAACUAAUAGUAACAAUAACAACAACAACACCACCAAAACAAACCACAGACAUUCUCAAGGCACACAGAACUGCAACUGGUAGAACAGUGAAAGCACACAAUAAAAAUAGAACUACUGAGACAAAAACAGUAACAACACCUACAACAACAAUAAUAAUAAUAAUAAUUGUUGCCAAGCUUGUAUUUCUCAUUGGAUACUGGAUGCAUUAACUGGGCAAUAUUGUUUUUAUUAAAGUUUAAAAAAAAAAUUACAAGAGAGAAGAGUGAGAAAGAAAGAGGAAAAAUAAAAUUAAAAAAAAACACUUGGAAGAGGUAAAAACAGAAAUGUCUUACAUUGACAAAGUGGAUAACUGGGAUGUUACAAGCGUUAGGAAAGAGACGGACAGUGUUAUUACUUCUGAAAGAUCAAAAAAACGAAGUAAGCACAGUAAAUCAAAAAAAUCCGUCACAAACUCAACAUACACACACAAUUUUGAACCACCGCCACCACCUUCAUCAUCAGACUUCCAUUUUCAGAACCCUCAACUGCCUGAGGUGGAAUCAACUUCUAACCAUUCUUAUAGACCGAAUAAUGAAAAGCAGCUAAACAAUAAAGAUAAGAAGAAUUUUGGCAACUCUGCUAUACAGAAACCCAAUCUGAGUACUUUUAAAUCUCCACCUUCAACACCACCACCUUCCAAAUCAGAAAGGGUUAACUCUGCAAAUCCUUAUAUUGUACCUGUGGAAACCUCCGUUCAUUCGCAACCUGUAGCAAUACAAACAAGGUGUGAAACUUCUGAAAAUCAAGGAUGGGCAAAGCAAAAAUAUAAGAAGUGUGUGGAAAAAGUAACCGAAAACCCUUUCCGGAUUAGCAAGGAUUGCUGCAGUGAAUGGAUGAAACAUUGGUGGUGGGUAGUUUUACUGUUGUUACUGAGUGUUAUUGGAAUCAUCAUUGGAACCAUUCUGGCUCUAGUUCCUUUAAGGUCCAACCAUGAAGAUUAAUGCCUUCAUUGCAAAUAAAUGGAUAAAGAAGAGGUUGAUAGUUAACAAAGAAAUGAUGAGAGAAAGCAAUUUUGUUUACUUCUGCAUCAACCAAAACUAAAGACAAAUUUUUGCAACAAUGUAUUUCCCCGCCAAAACAGGACACCUUUAAAAUACACAUUUUCUUCUUUUCACCAUUUACUUUAUAUAUAUAACAACUUGUAAAGUUUAUUCAAUGCCAAUUUUAAAAUCCUUCUGUCCAACCAGAAGACAUCAUAAACAGAGUUCAUCAACAAUCUACUUCUGCGAAAAACCAUAAUUUGAUCUAAUAAUCAAUCAUUUACUAACAAACAUUAAUUAAGUAUGCAAUGCACUAUCAUUAUUCUGUCUAAUUUGUACACUAAGCACCAACUAGCUUAUCAUCUAGUUGUGCUUAAUUUAAUAAACUCUAAAACAUGACUGUGUGACUAGAGUGUUUGUUCUGUAAGUACAUGGAUCCAGAUGUGAUCUUACUGUGCAACUGUCUCAUACUCUAGCCUUGAUAUUCUGGCGUAUGGAACUUGAUAGAAGGAAACUGUGUAGAAACCUGAUGUAUGUAUGUAUAUAUAAAUAUAUACACAUUCAGACACACACACAGCACAUAUACAUCUUUUCACUUCAAGCCUUGUUCCAUUUUCUUCUGUCAGUUAUCUUUAUUCUUUUAAAGUCCACUCACUCUCCUACUUCACAUCUCAAUACCAUACACACAUUUUUCUCCCUAUCAUUUGUCUACUCUCAAUAUAUCUUUUAUUUUAUCACUUUACCUCUCUAAUUCCCAUUUCCUGUUUGCAUUUCUAUAUAUUUCAGCAUCUGCUUUCAUGACUUCCUUUCUCACUUGCUGGCCUCUUCACCCUCCACUCACCACACACUUAGUCAAUCUUCCACCUAUCUAUUUAUCUCUCUCAGGACAGUCUUCGUCCCACCACCAUAUCAGAAAGGGAGGAAACCAACCAAAAAAAAACACACA